AUGGCUUAUGUGAAAGGUAGAUGCAUUCAAGAUCAGAUUUUGUUAGCUUCUGAAUUAGUGAAUGAAAUGCCAAAGAAGAGAAGAUGUGGCAAUGUAGCUCUUAAAUUAGAUAUAUCCCAAGCCUAUGAUUCUGUCAGCUGGGAGUUCUUAUUUCAAGUUCUACAAAAAAUUGGCUUUUCAAAGAAUUGGUGUGACUGGCUUCAUAUCUUAUUUAAAUCUGCAAAAAUUUCAGUGAUAGUAAAUGGAGGACCCUGUGGCUUCUUUUCAGUUGGAAGAGGACUUAGGCAAGGUGAUCCCUUGUCUCCCAUUCUUUUUGUACUUAUGGAAGAAGUUUUGAGUAAAGGAAUAACUCAAAUGGUGAAUGAAGGAUUAAUAGUGUCAAUGGUUGAAAGAAAAGGCAUACAUCCAACUCAUUUAUUCUUUGCUGAUGAUGUUUUCAUUUUCUGGAAUGGAGCAAAAAAGAGUAUUUUAAGUCUCAUGAGAUUACUUGAAGAUUAUCAGAAAUGCUCAAGGCAAAUUAUUAAUAGGCACAAAAGUAAAAUGUUCAUCGAUGGUGCAUCUGAGUUAAGGAAGCUUCAAAUUAAAGAAAUCAUUCAAAUGGAGAUAAGUAGUUUUCCUGAUAAAUAUCUUGGAGUUAUGCUCAUUAUUGGUAGGGUGAAAGUAUAUACUGUUUGGCCUAUGGUUGAGAUGAUGCAAAAAAAGCUUGCUACUUGGAAGGAUGAUUGGGAAAAGUUUUUUCAAGCAAAAUACAAAGAUAAGAAUGGUCAAUGGAGCACAAAAUGGCAAAAAUCUUCUAUAUGGCCUGGUCUAAAGUGGGCUUGGGAAGCAUUUAAAGAAGAUAUUAGAUGGAAUGUUGGUGAUGGUGCAAGAAUAUCUGUCUGGUUUGAUUUGUGGAUUGGAGAUUGCAGGCUCAUUGACAAAUUUGGAAAUAAUACCUAUAUAUCUGAAAAUAUCAAUUUGAAAGUAUAUGAUAUCUUGAUAAAUGGAGAAUGGUCCCUAACUGAUGAACUUCAACAAUUGCUACACAAUAUCAAGAUGCCAGAAGUUCAGGGUGGUAAAGAUAUUUUGAUAUGGACCCGUAACUUAAAAGGAAAAUUCUCAAUACCUAAAGCAGUAAAUAAGUUGAGGCAUAUAGAAACAUCAGUAAGCUGGUACAGAUAUAUAUGGAAUUCUUUCCUUCAUCCUUCUGUGGCCAAUAAUGUAUGGAAUCUUAUUCAAGGUAUAUACACUGAUGACACUGUUAUGAUUAAAAAUGGUUAUGAUAUGGUCUCUAGAUGUUGUAUCUGUGAGACUGAUCAAGAUAGUAUGCAUCAUUUACUAUGGGAAUGCAGUUUCAGUGUGGAGAACUAUGAUCAAGAAAUAAUUGCCAGAUUUCAGUUGGGCAUCAGAAGGUCCAAGUUUCAGUGUAUUAAGAAGUGCAAUUGGUUUCCUCCUGAGCAAAGUUUCAUAAUGUUGUGUUGUGAUGGAUCUUCUUUUGGAAAUCCUGGGUCUGUAGGAUUUGGAGUUGUUGUUAGAGAUUCACGAUGUCAGGUAGUUAGAACUUUAGCUGGUGGUAUUGGUGUUGCUUCCAAUUACUUGGCAGAAGCUUAUGGUGUUAUGUGUGCUUUGGAGCUGGAAAUUCAAUGGUGUAUGUUUAAAGUCAUUGUAGUGUCAGAUUCCAAAACUGUGCUAGCAGAUUUUGCUCAGGGGAAGAUUCCUUGGUUUCUGCAAGGAAGAUGGAAGAUUACUAUGCAAAAAAUUUCUGAAAUCAGAUAUCAACACUGCUACAGAGAAGUCAAUUUCUCUGCAGACUGUACAGCUAAAAGAGGUGCAUCACUUGCUGCAGGCACAAGACAACUUCAUGUUGGUAGACCUAACUGGCUUCCAAGAAUUGAAAUGCCCAAUGUUGACUACUACAGAUUCAGUUGA